CUGCCCUAUUAUGUUCAUAGAGCUCGGCGCCUCUCUCCCAUAGCCUGGCCAACCCUCUCUACGCCAUCUCAGCUAGAUUCUUUUCUCCGUCGCGCCCUUGAAUACCGUCUUAGGUUAAUUAUUCCUAUCCUCCCAGCCUGGCCAGCCGGCCUGGCCCUGCUUGCCACGCCACAGCACGUGCCCGCCUCCAUUGGCUUGGUCGCACAGAUAGUUGACGAAGUCUGGGCAUCUGCUGGUGACAAGUCGACUGAUGUGAGUUUAUUUUCUUUUAGUAUAUGA